AUGGAGCUGCUCAUCAUGAUAUCCGCUUGCAAGGGCGGCUCCGCCAACAAAGUCACAGCUGUGCUUCCCUACUUCCCAUAUAGCCGGCAGUCGAAGAAGAAGUCUCCCAGAGGGGCUAUCACCGCAAGGAUGCUGGCCAACCUCCUUGGCGUUGCUGGCGUUAAGCACGUCGUUACGGUUGACCUCCAUGCCUCUCAGAUGCAAGGCUUCUUCAGAUGUCCUGUUGACAAUCUUCACGCUGAGCCUAUUAUUGCUAAGUGGAUCAAGCGAAACGUACCAAACUGGCGAGAGGCUGUGGUGGUUUCCAAAAAUCCAGGUGGCACAAAGAGAGUGACGUCGCUCGCCGAUGCCCUCAAGCUAAACUUUGGGUUGGUUACCACUGAUAGGAGACGUGGAACGAACAUGACCGGUAGCAUGAUUAUGAAUCAGCUCGAUGGUCUCGAGCGACGCCCUAUCUCUGAGAAUUUGGCGCAGAGCGAUAGCCAACAGGCCGCUUCCGAUAAGCCUGCGCCGCCACGCGCUAGAGCGAGGACCCCUGUGAGGAAUGCUAGAAUUGUUACCGACUCUCAAGGUUCGCCUAUUCGGACGAGCGAUUUGUCGUCAAGUGCGACGAAUCUUGCUGAUCCUAGUACAGAAGAUCCGAGUACAACGCGGCGUAAAAGCUCUGCGCAGCUCGACUCUGACUACGAUGAUCGUCGCGCCCAAGAAGUCAUUCAUGGUCGAUUGAUUCAAGGGCACAUUGUUGAAGAUGAUUUCCCAUCUCCAGCGAGGUCAACGGCAGCAAACAGCGUCCAUGAGGAUGAUCCCAUGACCAUGUCUCAUGCCUCAUCUUUCUUUGCGCCCGACCGCCAAUCACUGGCUGGUGGCGCCAACAACAACGAAAGCAGUUCUGACGAGGAGGACAAUGCUUUCGAAGACCCCAAGGCGGAGCACAUGAUCACGCUGGUAGGCGAUGUAAAAAAUCGCACAGUCUUCAUCGUCGACGACAUGAUUGACAAGCCAGGAUCUUGGAUCGCUGCAGCCGAAACCGUGGUGAAGAGGGGCAUGGCUAAAAAGGUGUACUGCAUUGCUACCCACGGUGUCUUUGGCGGAGACUGUCUGGAGCAAUUGCAAGCAUGCGAGUGCAUCGAUACCAUUGUUGUUACUAACAGCUUCCCCAUUAAUGAGGAACGAGUGAAAAACUCGAGUAAGCUGGUCAUACUAGACCUCUCUUUCCUCCUAGCCGAAGCAAUCCGACGAAACCACUACGGCGAGUCGAUUUCUCCUCUGUUCCAGCACAUUGGAGAUUGA